CUCAACAUUUCAAAAGCACAAACAACAAGCAAACAAACAUCACCACAAAACCAAACAAUGGCCUCUGCUCAAUGCUACAAAACCUGUGAACAAACCUGCCAACAGAAAACCCACCACCACCAGCAACAACAUAGCUCAAUCGGACAGAAGGUAACUGGCCUGUUCAAAGGCCACCACAAUGAUGGAACACAAACCAAAACCGAAUACUAUAGCGAGACAGAUGUGAUUUACCAACCAGGAUAUGUUGCCAAAAAUCAAAGUAACACAUGCACCGGAACACGUCACAAUCACAAUCACGCCGCUACUGGCACCACCGUUGUUACCGGCACCACUGUGGCAAAAUGCCAAGGAAGAAAUAGGAAAGAGAAGAGAAACAUGUUCCAGAAGAUCAAGGAUGGUAUAUCAGGUCACAGCAGUGACAGUGGCAGUAGCAGUGAUGAGUGUGACAGCGACAAUGAAAACCGUCGCAGCAGAAAGAAUUGCAAUUGAGGAGCAGCUAUACUGAAAAUAAAUUGGAGUUUGGGGAUGGAAGUAUUCAACUCAAAGUUCAAUAUAAUGUGUGUGGUGAUGGUUGGCAAGUAUGAAUAAAUUGGCAACAAUAAAGUAUAAGUAAUAGCAAAAACUCCUAAAUAAAGUAUCUUUAAAAUAAAAAUGAGGGUAUGUGUGAAAUUAAGCCAAUGUGCUUUGCUUAUGGUGCCAGUGUUAGUUUGAGACAAACCAAAAACAGAUGCAUGUAAUGUACUUGAUCGAUGUUUAUGUAUGAAUAAAACUGUAUUGUGAUGGUUAAAA